AUGCUGCCACUCGUCCUCGCUGCCGUAGCGGUGGCCGCGACCACGCCCACUGUUUAUCGGAUCAAUCAAAUCUCGGCCUUCUCGCCACUCAUCCAGUAUUCUUCCCGCCCGGUCUUGGUUGGCCCAGACGUCCUCCCAACCCCUGGUGGAGUGCCACCUCCUCCAGGACCCCCCUGGACUCAACACCCUCUGACCGAUCCCCACCUUCAGCCGUUUGUGGACAAGGGCUGGACGGCGCUUGACCUGGCCGAAUGGGACAGUGACAGAGGCGACUAUCUCAGGCCCAAUGUCGUCUCCGCGGCGGUGGGGAGCAGCUUCAGUUUCUCCGUUCCAACUGACUUCCUUGUGAGAUACGAUAGCUGGUCAAUCAAUGCCACCGUCGAUGUCGAAGUGAACGGCACUCUGGUGGUCUCGAACAACAGCCGGUUCAGUAACGAUAUCCCGGAGAUGCAGAAACCCUACAACUACACGGUGACCCUCCGAAGUGGGCGGUAUAGCUUGAACAGUAUCCAGCUAGUACCUUCGGAUUAUCGCCGGGAGAAUUUGGAUUACGUGGAGGCCGUAUGGGCGGCAUCGGGAUCCAAUGUGACGCGGAGCGGGAACUGGAGAAACGCCACUCGGAAGCUUCUCUCCAACUACCCCGAGUCGAGCACGUCUGGCGACAGAAUAUCCAUUGCUCUGCAAAAGGGAAGUAAAUCCGUUAAUUUGCUGGGAUACUCGAAUGGGAGCUACGAGGUGCACUGCACCCCCACUCCGCCCUACACGUCCGGCACGACGUACUCUGGCUUCAGCGAACAGGAGGUAGUUCUAUACAUGGCCAAACUGGACGAUUCAAAACAGUACACGCUCGAGCUCAUCAACUACGCCAACACAACCGGCAUCACGAGCCUCUGGACGCUCCAACAAAAGAAGAAGCCGCGUAACCUCAAACCCAUUCUUGGCUGGUCGUUGGGCCUCGGUAUACCUGCUGCACUUGCGAUCGUGGCGGGCGCCAUCUGGUGGUACAGGAAGCGGCAGGCCCGAUCGGAGGAUCGCAGACAGAUGCAGUCUGGCGUCGAGUCCAAGAAGCUUGAGGAGGCCGCCCCUCCUACGUACACCCAGUAA